AUGUCCUCUCUUACCCCCAAGGAAGUUCGAAAGACAGCCCGAGCAGCCGUCACUAUCUUUGAUGAAUAUGAGAUGAGCUGUUGUCUUUUUGGAAGCCUAGCUUGCCAUAUUUAUGGCAUGACGAACCGGAAUCCAAAGGAUGUGGAUUUAGUCGUGUUGAAUAACCGAAAAUACGACGCAGAAGAUCUGAAGCAGAUUCUCGUGGAUGAAGAUGACAGAUUUUACUUUGUCGCGUCGGUCAAUCCGGACGCCACAUAUCAAGUUCUGUGGUUUCGGCUUGGUCCCGGUCGCAGCUGCAAAGUCGAUAUUUUAACCACUGGAAAAUCAACUUCCCUCAACAUUCCUCGUGUUCCUGUUACACGCGUUUUGUACAUUCAUCCAUACGAUGACCUGCCUGUCAUGCCUUUGCUAGCAUUGCUGCUUCUGAAGCUGCAAGGCUGGACAGACCAUCGUCAUUCGCAAAAAAGCCAUGAACAAAAGAGGGUUCGACAGGACGUUGCAGAUAUCAAGGAGAUGUUGAAGAUUGCUGUUGAAGAACAGGUCCACAUUGACGACCAAGAGUCGAAAUGGAUGCCUCGAUUAUUUGUGGAACAGAUGUCUGACAGAGUCGAUGAGUACGUCAGGAAAUUCCCUGAAAGUUUGAACGAUUGGGAAAACCUUGGAGUUUGA